AUGUCGACGCGACAACCUGCUCGUCCACGUCGCAUCGACGACGCCCUUUCGCAGCUCGUCGACGCUCUCACUCCCCCGUUAUCUCUGUCUGCGUUUAGGGACGAAUACGCCGGAGACGCCGAAGAAGCCCUAGCCGCCGCAGAAGAGCAGCGCCAUCAUGAUUUUCUCGAGCAUGCGUGGCGUGUUCUUGAUACCCACACGAACUCCGCGGACAACCCAGCAUCACCGUCCGGGAAUCUAGGCAUUGGCCGCCGAGGGAGCUUAGCAGGUGCUACGGGUGCAGAGAGUAUUAACAACGCGUCGGACCUCAUUAAACGAAAACUACUACGCGACAAUGCGAGCCCUGACAAGGCGGUCCAAUUCUCGAAUCUAUACUCGCGUCUCUUGACCCAGCCUGUGCUAUCGCAAAAAUGGGGUAUACUAUACUUGCUCUAUCGGUUAUCCAAACCGGAAGCCUCCGAGGGCCUUGCAUAUGAGGAUGAGAGGCCGCGGAGCCCAUUGAUGGAUCCAGCCAAGUUACAAAGAAUGCUGGCAAAGGAUCAAAGGACAGGGAGCGGAAUGGCGGCGAGUUCGGAGGAUGAUGGACCAGCUGUUAGCUCAUCAGCAUCUCAGAUGGCUGCACGCCCUGAAAGGAAGACUUCGUUGCGACGACAAGACUUGGAAAGGGAACGAGACGCAGAGCAUGGAGCUGCGCCCGAGCGACUGCGCAUGAGCCGUCAACACGAGUCUGCCGGUGGAGAUCCUCGUGUAGCGGAAUACCUUCAAGAGCCGGGAAUGGAUGAGGGAAAAUCACGCCCUGUUGAAUCAGGGCUUUUGCGUGAUCUCCCAUUCAACCUACAGGGUCUGUCGUCGAACGAUCUACAAUUCAUGUCAACUUCUACGCUCAAAUUACCUCCGACAUUACCAAUUCCUAUGGUAUCAAUUCUAAAUACGUUAGCCGAGCCGUGCUUGCUAUAUCGGGGUCUUUCUACAUUUGUUGAGGGCAGUGAAGGGGGUCUCAUCAGUCAGAGCCUGCGGGCAGCUCUUGCGAAUGAGCUCCGUUCGUAUCUAGGGCUGGUAGCUACGCUUGAAGGCGAGAUUCGCAGGGCACUGGCUGCGCCUCAAGAAUUGGGCGUUCCUAAAAGUGGGGUGACUUUAAAAAGGUGUGUUAUCUGGACGAGAGAUGCGACAAUGGCGUUGCGUCUCAUGAGUCUGAUCGUUGAGGAGGCUAAGAACAAGAAAGGGGGCCAAUUGAUUUCUCUGAUCCAUGGCUUUUCCACAUCACAUGGAGAUCCCUUCGUGUGUAACUUUGCAGAGAAGCUCCUCGCGCACGUAACAAGACCGUUCUACAACAUGCUGCGGCUCUGGAUCUACGACGGCGAGCUGUCAGAUCCUUAUAAAGAAUUCUGCGUUGUCGAGCCAGAAUUCAGGCCAAGCACAGAUCCACGCCGCAUUGCAACUAGUGUUUGGGAGGAUAAAUACAAGCUUGAAGAUGACAUGGUGCCCUCAAUAAUCACCAAAGAUUUCGCUAAAAAGGUAUUCCUCAUUGGAAAGUCUUUGAACUUCAUCCGAUACGGCUGCGGCGAUUCCGGGUGGGUGGAGGCGUACUCCAAGGAAGCGUCCAAGGAGCUGCGUUAUGGGGACACAGCCAGUCUUGAAACCUCAAUUGAUGAAGCCUACAAAACUACAAUGGCGAGGCUGAUUCACCUCAUGGAUGACAAGUUCAAGCUGUUUGAUCACCUCCAUGCGCUAAAGAAAUAUUUGCUGCUGGGACAAGGCGACUUCAUCGCUUUACUGAUGGAAUCACUGGCAUCGAACCUCGACCGUCCUGCUAACUCACAAUACCGUCAUACGCUGACCGCUCAAUUGGAGCAUGCUAUUCGUGCGUCCAACGCACAAUACGACUCCCAAGAUGUUCUUCGACGUCUGGACGCACGUAUGCUGGAGCUCAGCCAUGGCGAGAUUGGAUGGGACUGUUUCACCUUGGAGUAUAAAAUCGACGCACCCGUGGAUGUAGUGAUUACACCGUGGGGCUCUACGCAGUAUCUCAAGGUCUUCAACUUCCUCUGGCGCGUGAAGCGCGUCGAGUUCUCUUUGGGCAGCACAUGGAGACGGUGCAUGACGGGCGCCAGAGGCGUCCUAGGCAGUGUUGAUGACAAAGUCGGCGCUGACUGGAAGCGUGCACGAUGCGUCAUUGCAGAAAUGAUUCAUUUUGUUUGCCAACUUCAAUACUAUAUCCUCUUCGAGGUCAUCGAGUCUAGUUGGGAUCAAUUACAAGCGUCCAUUUCUAAGCCAGGAUGUACGCUCGAUGAUUUGAUUGAAGCUCACACCAAAUACCUCAAUUCUAUCACACACAAGGGCCUCCUAGGCUCCUCAACCUCGUCAAAGGCCGCUGGCAAGCCAGAAGAAGGCUUCCUAGCCCAACUGCAUCACAUCUUAAAAAUAAUGCUAGCUUACAAGGACGCAGUUGACGGAUUGUACUCGUUUUCCGUCGCAGAAUUCACCCGUCGACAGGAGCUAAGCGCAAAGAUCGAGACACGCACAGCUCAAGGUCAGUGGGGCAUCUCAGAGCGAGACAUUCUUUCCUCCCGACAUAGCCAGGCACAGAAACUUGCGUCGGCAUCCUCGUCAUUCUCCUUAACGCCCAACGUCGGAUCUGGAGCCGACGGGGUCGCUACACCAUCUUCGCUUGCCAACCACGACCUCUCCGCAGACGACCACAUGCUUCCAUCUCUCCGUUCUCGCCUCCGCGACCUCUCUCUGGAAUUCCGCUCCCGCCUGAAUACCCUUCUUGGCGAUCUGUCCUAUCAACCUGAUGUUGACAUGCGGUUCUUAGCCGUGGUUAUGAACUUCAACGAAGUCUAUGAACCGGUCCGCAGGCGAAGAGCAACAACUAUCUCUCGAGAUAAAGAACGAGAACGGGCAAGGCGGAGAGCUGCGCCGUCAUCUGGAUCAGAGGCUCAAGCCCAGAUACGAAAAGAGAAGAAAGAUGCAAGUUCGAACGGACAAUAG